UCUAGCUCCUGCGCCUCCUCCUCCUCCUCCUCCUCCUCCUCACCACCACCAACGCCCGAUUCCCAAGAGAAGGACAAGCAAACGGGACCCGAGGCCGCCGCCGCCGAAUGGGCCGCCGCCGCCGCUGCCUCUCCGCGGGCUCGUUCGUCGACGACGCCGAGGAGGACGGCGCGGAGUUGGAGUGGCCCUUCGGCCGCCUCGACGAACUCGGCCGCGACGAGCUCCGCGCCACCGCCUACGAGAUCUUCUUCACCGCCUGCCGCUCCUCUCCCGGCUUCGGCGGCCGCUCCCCGGCCUACCACAAUCCUUCUGAGACCACCGCCACCGGCGCGGCGGCUGGUGACGCUGCCGGGAGGCCGUCGUCCGGAGGCGGGGCGAACAUGGCUGUCAGCAGCCGGAUAAAGAGAGCCCUGGGACUGAGGACGAGGAGGGCCGCCCACAUGCGCCCGAUGACGCAUUUAGGAUCGCCUGCGAUGUCGCCGGCCAUGUCCAGCCUGGGCGGGGGCGGGGGAGCGAUGGGUGGCGCUGGUUCCUCGGCGGGGAAGGUGAAGCAGCGGCCGAUGACUUCGGCCGAGAUCAUGCGGCAGCAGAUGGGCGUCACGGAGCUGAGGGAAACCCGCCUCAGGAAGACCCUCGUGCGCACCCUCGUCGGCCAGGCGGGUAAAAGGGCAGAAGCAAUCAUCCUCCCUCUCGAACUCCUCCGCCACUUGAAACCGUCCGAAUUCAACGACCCUCAGGAGUAUCACGUAUGGCAGCGGAGGCAGCUCAAGGUCCUCGAGGCAGGGCUCAUUUUGCACCCCUCGAUUCCCCUGGACCGGAUGAACACCGCCGCAGCCCGCUUCAGCGAGAUCGUGAGUGCCAGCGAGCUCAGGCCCAUCGACACGAGCAAGAACUCGGAAACGAUGCGGACCCUCUGCAACUGCGUCAUGGCCCUCGCAUGGCGCACCCAUAUCGGGCCUCCCGUCGAAGUGUGUCACUGGGCCGACGGCUUCCCCCUCAACGAGUACCUAUACCUAGCCUUGCUCCGCUCCAUCUUCGAUCUCCGGGACGAGACCGUCGUGCUCGACGAGGUCGACGAGCUGCUCGAGCUGAUGAAGAAGACAUGGAGCAUCCUCGGGAUCAACAGGAUGAUCCACAACGUGUGCUUCACUUGGGUCCUGUUCGAGCAAUACAUCGCGACCGGGCAAGUGGAGCCGGACCUGAUCGCUGCGGCGCUCGCGAUGCUCGUCGAGGUGGCCAACGACGCCAGGAGGCCCGACAGGGAGCCCGGGUACGUGCGGGCCUUGUCGGCAGCAUUGGCCACGAUGCAGGGGUGGGCGGAGAAGCGACUGCUCGAGUACCACGACUGGUUCGACAAGGUCACGAUCGGGAUGAUGGAGAACGUGCUCCGGUUGGCGCUCUCGACGGCAAAGAUAAUUAGCGAGGACUCUUCGAUCGCCGGAGGUGCCGGGGUGUUCGCCGAGUUUGGGACUCCAGCUUCAACCAAAUUCUCCUUGGUGAACCGCGUCGAACACUACAUAAGGACUUCCAUGAAGAGUACCUUCACCAAGAUCUUUGAGAACGAGAACGGGAAGAUCGAUAGCAUGGUGGUGGAAGUAGACGAGGACCCCAACGACACACUUGUGAAUCUCGCCAAAGAAACAGAGAAGCUGGCCAUGUUUGAGAAGGAGAACUACAGCCAUAUACUGAAGAGGUGGCAUCCUGUUCCGACGGUAGUGGCGGCAGUGACGCUUCACCAUUGCUUCGGCAUAGUGCUGAAGCAGCACUUGGAGAGGGUCACAGGCCUCACGAAUGAGUUGGUGAGGGUGUUGCACACAGCGGGGAAGCUGGAGAAGAAGCUGGUUCAAAUGGCCGUCGAGGAUUCGGCCGACGCAGAAGACGGCGGCAAGAGGAUCAUGGGGGAGAUGAUCUCCUUCGAGGUGGAUUCCGUCAUCUUGAACCUCAUGAAGAAUUGGAUUGAUGAGAGGCUCAGGAUGGGAAGGGAGUGUGUAUUCAGAGCUAAAGAGACAGAGACUUGGAACCCCAAGUCCAAGUCGGAGCCAUAUGCACAGUCUGCAGUGGAUCUGAUGAAGCUGGCCAAGGUGACGGUGGACGAGUUCUUCGAGAUCCAAGUGUCAGGAAGGGAUGAACUGGUGCAGAAGCUUGCAGAUGGCUUGGAUUCUCUGUUCCAGGACUACAUCUCUUUUGUUGCGUCAUGUGGUUCGAAGCAGAGCUACAUCCCGGCGCUCCCGCAGCUAACGAGGUGCAACCAGGACUCCAUGGUCCUGCAACUAUGGAAGAAGGCAGCCACCCCAUGCAAAGCAGGCAUCGACCCUGGCCUCCUCCACGCUCCAUGCAAAGCGGGAAUAGACCGUCGCAGCUUCCACCCGGUGCGCAUGCCUGGCGGUGCGGGCGACAUCACCAACCACCCGCGCCCCACCGCCAGCCGCGGCACCCAGCGACUCUACGUGCGCCUAAACACCCUGCACUACCUCCUCGGCGUCCUGCACUCCAUCGACAAGUCCCUCUCCUUCUUCUCUCGCCCCGGCCCUUCCCCGUCUCCUCGCACUCCCAUGCUAUCGCGGCGGCGAGCCGCCGGCCCCACCCACUUCGACCUGGCCCGCUCCACCGUCCACGCCGCCAUCCUGCACGUCGCCGAGGUCGCCGCUAACCGCCUCAUCUUCCUCGACUCAUCCCAGUCCUUCUACGACUCCCUGUACGUCGGCAGCGUAGCUGAAGCUCGCAUACGGCCCACCCUCCGGAUCCUGAAGCAGAAUCUGUCGCUUCUCGUCUCGGUGCUCACGGACCGGGCGCAGCCGCUGGCGGUGAAGGAGAUCAUGAAGGCUUCCUUCGAGGCCUUCUUGAUGGUGCUGUUGGCCGGGGGGAGCGGGCGAGCCUUCGCGAGGACGGACCACGACAUGAUCGCGGAGGACAUAGCGAACCUGAAGCGGGUAUUCUGCACCAGCGGGGAGGGGCUGCUGUCGGAGGAGGUGGUGCAGAAGGAGGCGGCGGUGUCGGACGGGGUGGUGUCGCUGAUGUGCCUGCCCACCGAGAAGCUGGUCGAGGAGUUCAGCAUCAUGGCAUGCGAAGCCAGCGGGCUGGGGAGGUCAAUGGAGCGGGUGCCGAUGCCGCCGACGACCGGCAGGUGGCACCGAUCCGAUCCCAACACGGUGCUCAGGGUGUUGUGCCACCGGAACGACGACGUCGCGAACCGAUUCUUGAAGAGGGCUUUUGAUUUGCCGAAGAGGAGGUAAAGGCAGUAGUU